AUGCACCGGGAGGACCUGCUCACCAAGCAGCAGGUGGAGGGGGUGUUGAUGCGCCUCACGGAGCCCUGUACCGUGUCGCUCCUGCAAUACGUCCGCCGCGACGCGCCUGCGGUGCUCUCAGGCUGCGCGCCCGAGGAGCUGAGAACGCUGAGGGACAUGGCGAAGGACGUCGCGUGCGACAUGUACUGCCUGUGGGAGAGGUGCGACGCGGGCAAGGCGGUCGAAUUCUUGGGCUUCCUGUCGCGGAGCCUGAUCCAGGCCAUCAGCGCACAGGACCCGGUGGCGUCGGAGGCGGCCCUGGUGCUUCUCGAGGGCGUCGUGGACGUGGUGGACAGCCCGUUGCCACCCCCUUUCGUCGAGGCCCUCAGGUGGAUCCCCAGGAUGCCCAGCGACGGCAACGCCAUGGCGGCGGGGGCCAUCCUCCUCCGCCAGGUCGCGCCGCACGUGAACGCGCACGUGGAGGUGCUCCCGGACUCGCUGGAGUUCCUCAUCCGCGCGCUGCCCGUCAUACCGUUCACCGCCGCGGAGUGCGUCCUGGAGCUCACGGGCUACGCGGGGCACCACCUGGCCUCCGCGCUGCCGAGGUUCUUGGCCGCGGUGGAGCAGAUCGCGCCCGGGUUCCCGGUGAAG